CGCAGUGGCGGCGGCGGGGGGCGGCUAUGGCGGCGGCGGCGCCGCUGCCCCCGGUGGCCCUGGCGCCCCCUGGCGGUGGCGUGGGGCGGGCGGCGGCGGGCCCGGGGGGAGCGGCGGGCCCGGGGGGCGCUGCCCGGGCUGAGGGUGCCGAGGGGCUGUUCGUGGUGCUGGGAGCGGGGCUCGCCGCCGCCAGCCACCCGCUGCUCUACGUCAAGCUGCUCGUCCAGGUUGGACAUGAGCCACUACCUCCAACCGUUGGAAGAAACGUCCUGGGAAGGAAAGUCCUGUACCUGCCCGGCUUCUUCACCUACGCCAGACACAUUGUGGAAGUGGAUGGGAAAAGAGGCCUCUUCCGUGGUCUUACUCCUCGCCUCAUCUCAAGCACUUUAUCAACCAUCACCAGGGGGAGCGUGAAGAAGGCCUUUCCACUGGAAGACAUGGAGCAUGUUUCUAACAAGGACGAUGUGAAGACCUCCCUUAGGAAAGUGGUGAAGGAGACAUCUCACGAGAUGAUGAUGCAGUGCGUGUCCCGGGUUGUCUCGCACCCGCUGCACGUGAUCUCUAUGCGCUGCAUGGUCCAGUUCGUGGGCCGGGAAGUAAAAUACAGGUGUUCCUGCAGCCUGGCAGAGUGCAGACACAAUGCUCCGUGGGUUGAGAAGCAGCAGCAGAGCAGAGCUGCCCGCUGCAUUGCUGGCUGGUGGCUGCAGAACGCAUGCAAAGCUGCGCAGGACAGAGAUGGAGCAACCCCGGCACACUUACAGCUCUUCUCCUUUCUUGGCAGCGGUGUGUUCAGCGCCAUUGGCAGGAUAUUUAAGGAAGAAGGGAUCCUGGGAUUCUUUGUCGGUUUGGUCCCUCACAUCCUGGGGGAUGUCAUCUUCCUCUGGUGCUGCAACCUCUUGGCUCACUUCAUCAACACCUACGUGGUGGAUGAUAACUUCAGCCAGGCAUCGGUGAUCCGGAGCUACACAAAAUUCGUGAUGGGGAUCGCUGUGAGCAUGCUGACGUACCCGUUCCUUCUCGUGGGAGAUCUCAUGGCAGUGAACAACUGUGGGCUGCGCGCUGGCCUCCCGCCCUAUGCUCCUGCGUUUCCAUCCUGGAUCCAUUGCUGGAGGUAUCUCAGUGCUCAGGGGCAGCUGUUCCGUGGCUCCAGCCUGCUCUUCCGCAGAGCGCCCGUGCCAGCCGCCUGCUUCCCCAUCGACUGACUCCUCGGCAGGGAGAGGCGAUCGACUUGGACUUCUCAAAGAAACCCUAAGCUUGUUCCGAUAGAUUUCUGUUUUUUUUCUUUUUGAUCCAAAGUCUGUGGUGCCAGAGCAAGACACCUCCUCUCCAGCAAGGCCAGCAACGAGUUGGCUUCUGGACAUCUGGCUUCAGGCUCCAGCUGGACCAAAGCUCCAUCCUCACGGCUGUCUCAACCGGGACACGUAGCAGAGAAAGCAGGAGGGCAUUGUCUUGUCUCUUUGGUCCAGGCUGUAGCUCCGGAGUCACUGGGAAAGUCCAGGAAACCAGAAAAUGCCGAGGUACUGAAGGAGCCAGCCCUGAGGUGCAGGGACAAAAGCCCGAGCUGAGAAGCAGCUGGAGAUCUGAGGUCGCCUUGCUGGGAGUGCUGUGGCAGGUGGCUCAUCCCGGGCGAGAUCAACCUUAUUUAAUAUUUUGAGGGUACCAGAACACCAGGGAGGGUUCAGCCUCCCACGGGCACGAAAGGGAAAUUACAGUUAUCAAAACACAAAAGGGAAUCAGAGUCCCACUACAAAGAGCAGCGCAGUCCCAAAGAGACGGGUAUGGGCUCGGUGUGGAGAGCGCACGCGGGGAGGGCUGCGCGCUGCGCCAGCUGCUCCGUGAAGGCUUUUUGCUGCGGGACAGGCUGCGUUGAGGAUACACCCGACGGAGCUGCUGGGUGUAACCUGGACGGGCAGCCCCUACGCGUUUCUCAGGGGAGACGGGUCCUGGGUUCGACUGGCGUGACUGCAUCGCACGAGCCUCACCAUGAACCUGCCGGGCUCCUUCCGAACCCCGGCGUCGCUGCUUCACCGACGGACACGGAGCCGCGCGUGGCAGCGUCCUGAUGAUAACAGCUACACCCCAAAGGGUUCGACUUGCAGGAGGGGCACUCGGUCCGUUGCUGUCUGGAAUAAACAAGCUGGCCAGAGGCUUGUAAGACAUCGGGGCGAAGGGCUCCUGGUGCACACAGGAGCACGGCUCAGCGCAGCAGAGCUCACUGGUGGCAGCGGGACAGGAUUUACUCUCAGCUGCCCAGAUGAGACUUUUUUUUUGCACCGGUCUGUGCUGUCACAGCAGCCAGACAGAUUUCCUGUUUUGGUUCCCCCACGAAGCAGUUUUGCACAGAGGUUGCUGCACUCUCUGGGAAGAGGUUUUGUGGUCCUUGAGCAGGUUCCCGUGUGCUGCCGGAGCAGCAGCUGGGGUCACAUCUCAUCCUGGUCCUCUGGGGACCCCAGCCUGCCAUCGCCCAGGGGUUUUCCUCCAUCAGAGAGGUUUGAUCUGCACCUCCCAGCCAGGGCUGGCAGGAUGGUGCUGGAACAUUCUGGGACUGGCAGUCCCCACCCAGCUCCCUUCAGUGUGGUGAAGUUGGUCCCGUUUGUCCUCCCUUCCUCCUAUACAGUUUAAGUUACAGUAACAGAAGUUAAAUAAUGCAUGGCCCUGUUCCCUACCACCAGAGAUUAUUUCAAAGAAGGUUUAACUAUGCUCCAAAAUACAGCUGUAAAACAAC